CAAGCCGUUUUCAUACGCUGGCUACGCGCAAGCAGAGCACCGUGUGACAGGAGAGAAACCCCGUGAGGCGAAGCUGGGAUGCAGAAGGAGUCUGUGCUCUCAAGGGCAACUUUCCAAUCAGGAAACCAGUGGCACAGAGAUGGAUGUUGCCACUCACUGUUGCUAUGCGUGGUCCCUUGGGACAGGCACCAUCAUCAUUGGCGUCUUGAAUAUGAUUGGGAGCAUUUUGCAGAUAGCAGCAGUAGCGUACAAUUGGGACUUGUACCAGUACGCCAAUGAUGAUAUAAGCGGGGACAACUCACAUACUAAGCGAGAGGUGGUGACAGUCCUCGUAUUUGGCAUUAUCCAGGCUAUUUGUAGCGUACUUCUCAUCACUGGAGCCGUUAAGGUCUCAGAUUGUACUUUCUGCGUGUCGUUCUCAUCUACUACCGGACUCUACGUGAGAACCCAAGAACCAACAUGGUCAGCGAGAGUGCACCAUUACUUACGUGAAACGUGUCGCUGAUGAAAUUCCUCCAGAUUUAGGUUCUUCUGGCAAACUCAUGUGUGAGUCUUGAAGAAAUCAAGGUUGUCAGAUAACGUGUUCGGUUUUGAAUGCGCAUCUAGAAUGUAGGCACAGCUCUUAUCUCGAGGCGUUUGUACACUUGAUUUUGUCUAUACGUUACGUAUGAGUUAUUUUGCUGCUUCCAUUUUCAAAAACAGAGAAUUUCGUGAAUAAUUCCAGGGACAAUCGAAAAGAACUCAUUUCGACCUGUUUUCUGUAGAUCUUCACAUGUAUGUCCCAUCUGACGCAUCUAGGGAAGCGUAGUUCAUUACGUCCUGUUCAGUGCGUUCGGAAAAAACCUAUUCACGUCCAUUAAGUGGAUUUCUACCAUUGAAUUUCCAUUUUUAGAAGUGAAUGGUGACCGUCUUUAUCUUACGUUACAUGUCUUUUGUGCAACAAAGCAAGGUGUUUUAAUUAUUUGAUGUUAGUCACUGAAGAUUAAUCUCAGAAUGUAUUUUUAUUGAAAUUAAUGAAUCAUAAUUGCCAUUUGCUGGUCUUUCUAAUUUGCUUUUAUAAUUAAAAACAUAUAAUGAAAUUAUUGAUUGUUGUACAUCAUUUAGAGUCUUCUACUUGGACAGUAUAACAGAAAAAACAACCAAUAAUUAGGAUGUUCACAAAGGUGAGCAAUAUUAUUUUCAAGUCGGCGACACUGUACCUGAAUGAUCACUGUUUUGAAACUGUUAUUGCUAAAUAAAGAAAUUCCCAUAAAUUAACCUAUCAAGUACUUACUAAAAACUUUUGAAUAGUAAAAUGUCGCCAGCUAGGGCUUUCAGUCGCUUAUCCUAUGAGUUGCCUUUGCAUAUCAUGAUAUUCUGAUACAGAAAUAUGUUCCUUUGAAAUUUGUGUACAGUCUUAUUCUAAAGUUUAUUCUCUGCUACAAGAAAUAAAAUAACUCAUUCUGUUAA